AUGCCAAUUUGUGAUGAUGCUGUCAAGCCAUAUGUAGGUCAAGUGUUCAAAUGUGAAGCAGAUGCUUUUAAGUUUUAUAGGACUUACGGAUAUGAAUCUGGUUUCGAUGUUCGCAAAGGCGGUGCAAAAAAGGGAAAAUAUGAUCAGGUGAUUUAUCGAUACUUCUACUGUCAAAGGGAAGGAAUCAAUCCUACUAAGCGUGUGGAGACAUCUAAAACGCAGCGAAAGAUUGUGAAGAGGCGUAGAAAGCCGUCCACCAGGAACGAUUGCAAAGCACGCAUGACUGUGCGAAAUCAGAAUGGGACAGAGUAUGUCGUUACCAGCCUCUUAGAAGCUCAUAACCACAAAUUAAUAGCUCCCGAAUGCCGCCAUUUCAUGAAAUAUAAUCGCAAUGUCAAUGCCGCACAUCACAUGGUCAUGGUGAAAUGCGCUAAGGUAAAUAUUGGGCCAAUGAGAGCAUUCAGAGUUUUUAAGGAGUUAGUUGGUAGCUACGAAGAUGUUGGGUGUACGAGCAACGACUUCAAAAACUUGUCAUAUGAGAUGAGUUGUUACCCCGAUGGGUCAGAUGCUCAAUUGUUGUUGGACAGGUUUAAAACCCAACGCGAUCUUGACGAUGGUUUCAAGUGUGAAUAUUUGCUUGACGAUUGCCAGAAAGUUAAGAGUAUAUUCUGGUGCGAUUCUAUUGGCUUAAAGAAUUAUAGAAUUUUUGGUGACGCCGUGUCAUUUGAUGCAACGUACUCCACCAACAGGUACAGCAUGAUUUUUGCACCCUUUACUGGGAAGGAUAAUCACGGUGGAUGCGUGACUUUCGCAGCUGGCUUACUGAAUAGGGAGGACGUCAGCUCCUACUCGUGGAUUCUGUAUGUGGCACAUCAUGAUGAAGGUGGCACAAAAACUACCCAUAUCUUUGAGAGAGAAUGCUGA